CCGCAAAGCAAAGCAGGGCAAAGCUGGGCAGGCGGCUUAGCUUAGCGAGGUGCUGCCUUGUAACAAGCCAACAACUGCAGAAGGCCUAUAUAUAUACACCCCAUCUUGUAUCCACUCUCCAGCCAUCUCUAGCUUCAUGAAGUAGUGCUGUCAGUGGGAGCAAGCGACCGAUUGAUCCGGGAAGAGAAGAGAGUUUGAUUAGAGAGCAGAAGGUCUUAACUCUGUUCUUGUUUCUUUCGUUGAGAGAGCAGUUUGGAAGUGCACUAGAGGGUCAAGCACAUAGUAGGUUGAGGUUUGGUUGAGAGGAUGGGUGUGGGUGGCACUCUUGACUACUUGUCCGAGCUUCUCAGUGGCGGCAGCCGUCACCGGAGCUACAAGAAGAAGAGGAAGCAGUUCCAGACGGUGGAGCUCAAGGUCAGGAUGGACUGCGAAGGCUGCGAGCUCAAAGUCAGGAACGCCCUCUCCAGCAUGAAAGGCGUGCAGUCGGUAGAGAUCAACCGGAAGCAGUACAAGGUGACGGUGCAGGGGUUCGUGGAGCCGCACAAGGUGGUGAAGCGGGUGCAGGCCACGGGGAAGAAGGCCGAGAUCUGGCCAUACAUCCCUUACAACCUGGUGGCGCACCCCUACGCCGCGCAGACCUACGACAAGAAGGCGCCGCCGGGCUACGUGCGCAAGGUCGACGCCGUCAUGCCGGUCGCCAGCUACGGCACCGGAGCCGGCGCGGCGCAGGAGGAGCGGCUCACAACAAUGUUCAGCGAUGACAACCCCAACGCCUGCUCUAUCAUGUGAGAUUUGAUACACUGGGGUUAGAUUGCUGUGGACUGUGAUGCGAAGAUGAUCGAUCCAGAUCGUUGGUGUUCUUUGUUGGCGGUGACAUGUAUGUAGCUAAAUGUGUGUAUAAAGAUGUUAAAGGAAAAAAGUGGGCAUAUUUUGAGCAAGAAUA